UUCACACGUCGGAAGUCACUCUCUGGGCGUCAAAACAACACUACUUAACGUAUAAAUAAAUAGUGAAUCACUCGUUAUAAUCAACACAAUUAUUAACGUAUACUAACCAACAAACCAAAAGUCAUUUAUAGUAUAAAACGUGGUGAAAAUAAACUUAAUAUAAGUUUACAAAUAUUAUAACUUAUAACUUCAUACAUUACAAUGGCUUCCAUAAUACAUAACACGGAUAACCAACAUAUAGUGUCGCCAAAACACUCGGACACAGACCCGACAGCGCAGGAAUUGAUCAAAGAAGUGCGGCAACUGUUCCUGGACUCGGCCCGGGAGGGGGACUGCGAUCUAUACGAUCCAAACGAUGUACACACUGUCCGCACCAAUGACUACGCUAUCCAUCGGUUUUUAAUGGCCAACGAUAUGAACGCCAAACAGGCCUACAGUCAGCUCCGGGAGGCGUAUCGAUGGCGCCGGGAGUUUCCCGUUCACCGGGACUUUAGCCACUGUGGGGUAGAGGUGUUCAGGUGUGGCGCUAUGUUUAUAUUUGCCGCGGAUAGAGAUGGCCGUCCAGUGCUCUACACGCGAGUUCGCACACAUGUCAAGAUACCGGAGUUAGAGCGAAUUGUUGAGGAAAUAAUAGUAACCACGUUUGAAAAGCUGGACCAAUUAGCAGGUGACAAAGGGUUUACGGUUGUGAUGGACGUGUCCGGUGCCGGUCUGUCCAAUGUUGACAUGCGUGCCGUUAAGUUUAUGAUCAAGGUGAUGCGUCAAUACUACCCUGAGUCAUUACGAUGCGUACUAGUGGUCAAUCUACCCAUGCUUUUGGGCGCAUUC